AAGCCUAGCCCUGCUAGGUCUGCUUUGAUUAGAGCCAAACCAUCUGGCUGGCUAUUGCUGCUGCAGCAGCGUAAGGGUUAGUAAGAAUGGCUGCAAGUAAAGGGGAAGAAUUCGUGUACAGGAUUAGCACGGCUGGGGAAUGGGAAGCAUUGCAAAAGAAUGAAUCUGUUUUUGGCGGAGACCUUGACAAGUCCUCUGGUUUCAUUCACCUCAGCUCGCUUCAUCAGGUAAAGCCGACAUUGCAGAAUUUUUUCUCUAACGUCAAGGUGGAUUUGUACCUUCUUCAGAUUGAUGCAAAGAAGCUUGGAGAUGGAUUGAUAUAUGAGGUUGUAGAUGGUUCCAACAGCUUCCCACACUUCUAUGGCCCAUCUCGAAGCUUUGCUCCUCUUCCGUUAGAUGCAGUUACAAAAGCUGAGAAGCUAUCUGUAUCAGAUGGCCAAUUCAGUUGUAGUUUACUGAAUUAACUGCUCCACUUUAUCACUUACUUGAGCAUGUAGAGAUCAUGUUGCAUUGAAAAUGAUUAUACAAUGUUCUGCCAUUGUUAUACUUGAACUCCUAAUAAUAGCAAAGGUGUGUCUGUUUUGUUAA